AUGACCACUUUACUCUGGGUUUUCGUAACUCUGAGGGUCAUCACUGCAGCUGUCACUGUAGAAACUUCAGACCAUGACAACUCGCUGAGUGUCAGCAUCCCCCAACCGUCCCCGCUGAGGGUCCUCCUGGGGACCUCCCUCACCAUCCCCUGCUAUUUCAUCGACCCCAUGCACCCUGUGACCACUGCCCCCUCUACCGCUCCCCUGGCCCCAAGAAUCAAGUGGAGCCGGGUGUCCAAGGAGAAGGAGGUAGUGCUGCUGGUGGCCACUGAAGGGCGUGUGCGGGUCAACAGUGCCUACCAGGACAAGGUCUCGCUGCCCAACUACCCGGCCAUCCCCAGUGACGCCACCUUGGAAAUCCAGAGCCUGCGCUCCAAUGACUCUGGGGUCUACCGCUGCGAGGUGAUGCAUGGCAUCGAGGACAGCGAGGCCACCCUGGAGGUCGUGGUGAAAGGCAUCGUGUUCCAUUACAGAGCCAUCUCUACACGCUACACCCUCGACUUUGACAGGGCACAGAGGGCCUGCCUGCAAAACAGUGCCAUCAUCGCCACACCCGAGCAGCUGCAGGCCGCCUACGAAGACGGCUUCCACCAGUGUGACGCCGGCUGGCUGGCUGACCAGACUGUCAGAUACCCCAUCCACACUCCCCGGGAAGGCUGCUAUGGAGACAAGGAUGAGUUUCCUGGUGUGAGGACGUAUGGCAUCCGAGACACCAACGAGACCUAUGAUGUGUACUGCUUCGCCGAGGAGAUGGAGGGUGAGGUCUUUUAUGCAACAUCUCCAGAGAAGUUCACCUUCCAGGAAGCAGCCAAUGAGUGCCGGCGGCUGGGUGCCCGGCUGGCCACCACGGGCCAGCUCUACCUGGCCUGGCAGGCUGGCAUGGACAUGUGCAGCGCCGGCUGGCUGGCCGACCGCAGCGUGCGCUACCCCAUCUCCAAGGCCCGGCCUAACUGCGGUGGCAACCUCCUGGGCGUGAGGACCGUCUACGUGCACGCCAACCAGACGGGCUACCCCGACCCCUCAUCCCGCUACGACGCCAUCUGCUACACAGGUGAAGACUUUGUGGACAUCCCAGAAAACUUCUUUGGAGUGGGGGGUGAGGAGGACAUCACCGUCCAGACAGUGACCUGGCCUGACAUGGAGCUGCCACUGCCUCGAAACAUCACUGAGGGUGAAGCCCGAGGCAGCGUGAUCCUUACCGUAAAGCCCAUCUUCGAGGUCUCCCCGAGUCCCCUGGAACCCGAGGAGCCCUUCACGUUUGCCCCUGAAAUAGGGGCCACUGCCUUCCCUGAGGUUGAGAAUGAGACUGGAGAGGCCACCAGGCCCUGGGGCUUUCCCACGCCUGGCCUGGGCCCUGCCACGGCAUUCACCAGUGAGGACCUCGUCGUGCAGGUGACCGCUGUCCCUGGGCAGCCGCAUUUGCCAGGGGGGGUCGUGUUCCACUACCGCCCGGGACCCACCCGCUACUCGCUGACCUUUGAGGAGGCGCAGCAGGCCUGCCUGCGCACCGGGGCUGUCAUUGCCUCCCCGGAGCAGCUCCAGGCCGCCUACGAAGCAGGCUAUGAGCAGUGUGACGCCGGCUGGCUGCGGGACCAGACCGUCAGAUACCCCAUUGUGAGCCCACGGACCCCAUGCGUGGGUGACAAGGACAGCAGCCCAGGUGUCAGGACCUAUGGCGUGCGCCCAUCAACAGAGACCUACGAUGUCUACUGCUUUGUGGACAGACUUGAGGGGGAGGUGUUCUUCGCCACACGCCUUGAGCAGUUCACCUUCCAGGAAGCACUGGAGUUCUGUGAAUCUCACAAUGCCACACUGGCCACCACAGGCCAGCUCUACGCUGCCUGGAGCCGUGGCCUGGACAAGUGCUAUGCUGGCUGGCUGGCCGACGGCAGCCUCCGCUACCCCAUCGUCACCCCAAGGCCUGCCUGCGGUGGGGACAAGCCAGGCGUGAGAACGGUCUACCUCUACCCUAACCAGACGGGCCUCCCGGACCCACUGUCCCGGCACCAUGCCUUCUGCUUCCGAGGCAUUUCAGCGGUUCCUUCUCCAGGAGAAGAAGAGGGUGGCACACCCACAUCACCCUCUGGUGUGGAGGAGUGGAUCGUGACCCAAGUGGUUCCUGGUGUGGCUGCUGUCCCCGUAGAAGAGGAGACAACUGCUGUACCCUUAGGGGAGACUACUGCCAUCCUAGAGUUCACCACCGAACCAGAAAACCAGACAGAACGGGAACCAGUCUACAUCCCAGUGGGCACAUCCCCGCUGCCAGGGAUCCUUCCUACUUGGCCUCCCACUGGCGCAGCAACAGAGGAAAGUACAGAAGGCCCUUCUGCAACUGAAGUGCCCUCUGCCUCAGAGAAACCAUCCCCCUCAGAGGUGCCAUUCCCCUCAGAGGAGCCAUCCCCCUCAGAGGAACCAUUCCCCUCAGUGAGGCCAUUCCCCUCAGUGGAGCUGUUCCCCUCAGAGGAGCCAUUCCCCUCCAAGGAGCCAUCCCCCUCAGAGGAACCAUCAGCCUCAGAAGAGCCAUAUACACCUUCACCCCCGGUGCCCAGCUGGACUGAGCUGCUCAGCUCUGGGGAGGAAUCUGGGGCCCCUGAUGUCAGUGGUGACUUCACAGGCAGUGGAGAUGUUUCAGGACACCUUGACUUCAGUGGGCAGCUGUCAGGGGAAAGGGCAAGUGGACUGCCCUCUGGAGACCUUGACUCCAGCGGUCUUACUUCCACAGUGGCCUCAGGCCUGCCUGUGGAAAGUGGACUAGCCUCAGGGGAUGAAGAGAGAAUUGAGUGGUCCAGCACUCCUACAGUUGGUGAACUGCCCUCUGGAGCUGAGAUCCUAGAGGGCUCCAUCUCUGGAGUCGGGGAUCUCAGUGGACUUCCUUCUGGAGAAGUUCUAGAGACUACUGCCCCUGGAGUAGAGGACAUCAGCGGGCUUCCUUCUGGAGAAGUUCUAGAGACUACUGCCCCUGGAGUAGAGGACAUCAGCGGGCUUCCUUCUGGAGAAGUUCUAGAGACUACUGCCCCUGGAGUAGAGGACAUCAGCGGGCUUCCUUCUGGAGAAGUUCUAGAGACUACUGCCCCUGGAGUAGAGGACAUCAGCGGGCUUCCUUCUGGAGAAGUUCUAGAGACUACUGCCCCUGGAGUAGAGGACAUCAGCGGGCUUCCUUCUGGAGAAGUUCUAGAGACUACUGCCCCUGGAGUAGAGGACAUCAGCGGGCUUCCUUCUGGAGAAGUUCUAGAGACUACUGCCCCUGGAGUAGAGGACAUCAGCGGGCUUCCUUCUGGAGAAGUUCUAGAGACUACUGCCCCUGGAGUAGAGGACAUCAGCGGGCUUCCUUCUGGGGAAGUUCUAGAGACUACUGCCCCUGGAGUAGAGGACAUCAGCGGGCUUCCUUCUGGAGAAGUUCUAGAGACUACUGCCCCUGGAGUAGAGGACAUCAGCGGGCUUCCUUCUGGAGAAGUUCUAGAGACUACUGCCCCUGGAGUAGAGGACAUCAGCGGGCUUCCUUCUGGAGAAGUUCUAGAGACUACUGCCCCUGGAGUAGAGGACAUCAGCGGGCUUCCUUCUGGAGAAGUUCUAGAGACUACUGCCCCUGGAGUAGAGGACAUCAGCGGGCUUCCUUCUGGAGAAGUUCUAGAGACUACUUCCCCUGGAGUAGGAGACCUCAGUGGACUUCCUUCUGGAGAAGUUCUAGAGACUUCUACUUCUGGAGUAGGAGACCUCAGUGGACUUCCUUCCGGAGAAGUUCUAGAGACUUCUACCUCUGCAGUAGGGGACCUCAGUGGACUUCCUUCUGGAGGAGAAGUUCUAGAGACUUCUGCCUCUGGAGUAGAGGACAUUAGCGGGCUUCCUUCUGGAGAAGUUGUAGAGACUUCUGCCUCUGGAAUAGAGGAUGUCAGUGAACUUCCUUCAGGAGAAGGUCUAGAGACCUCUGCUUCCGGAGUAGGGGACCUCAGCAGGCUCCCUUCUGGAGAAGAAGUUCUAGAGACUUCUGCCUCUGGAGUAAGGGACAUCAGUGGGCUUCCUUCUGGAGGAGAAGUUCUAGAGAUUUCUGCCUCUGGAGUCGGGGACCUCAGUGGACUUCCUUCUGGAGUAGAAGGUCUAGAGACCUCUGCUUCUGAAGUAGGGACUGACCUCAGUGGACUUCCUUCUGGAAGGGAGGGUCUAGAGACUUCAGCUUCUGGAACUGAGGACCUCAGCGGGUUGCCUUCUGGAAAAGAAGACUUGGUGGGUUCAGCUUCUGGAGACUUGGACUUGGGCAAACUGCCUUCUGGAACUCUAGGAAGUGGGCAAGCUCCAGAAACAAGUGGUCUUCCCUCUGGAUUUAGUGGCGAGUAUUCUGGGGUGGACCUUGGAAGUGGCCCAUCCUCUGGCCUGCCUGACUUUAGUGGACUUCCAUCUGGAUUCCCAACUGUUUCCCUAGUGGAUUCUACAUUGGUGGAAGUGGUCACAGCCUCCACUGCAAGUGAACUGGAAGGGAGGGGAACCAUUGGCAUCAGUGGUGCAGGAGAAAUAUCUGGGCUGCCCUCCAGUGAGCUGGACAUUAGUGGGGGAGCUAGUGGACUCCCUUCAGGAACUGAACUCAGUGGCCAAGCAUCUGGGUCUCCUGAUGUCAGUGGGGAAAUACCUGGACUCUUUGGUGUCAGUGGACAGCCAUCAGGGUUUCCUGACACUAGUGGGGAAACAUCUGGAGUGACUGAGCUUAGCGGGCUGUCCUCUGGACAACCAGGUGUUAGUGGAGAAGCAUCUGGAGUUCUUUAUGGCACUAGUCAACCCUUUGGCAUAACCGAUCUGAGUGGAGAAACAUCCGGGGUCUCUGAUCUCAGCGGGCAGCCUUCGGGGUUACCAGGGUUCAGUGGGGCAACAUCAAGAGUCCCUGACCUGGUUUCUGGUGCCACGAGUGGCAGCGGUGAAUCUUCUGGGAUUACAUUUGUGGACACCAGUUUGGUUGAAGUGACCCCUGCUACAUUUAAAGAAGAAGAAGGCUUAGGGUCUGUGGAACUCAGUGGCCUCCCUUCCGGAGAGGCAGAUCUGUCAGGCAAAUCUGGGAUGGUGGAUGUCAGUGGACAGUUUUCUGGAACAGUCGAUUCCAGUGGGUUUACAUCCCAGACUCCAGAAUUCAGUGGCCUACCAAGUGACAUAGCUGAGGUCAGUGGAGAAGCCUCCGGAGCUGAGAUUGGGAGCAGCCUGGCCUCGGGAGCAUAUUAUGGCAGUGGACUUCCAUCUGGUUUCCCCACUGUCUCUCUUGUAGACAGAACUUUGGUGGAAUCUGUAACCCAGGCUCCAACAGCCCAAGAGGCCGGAGAAGGGCCUUCUGGCAUUUUAGAAAUCAGUGGUGCUCAUUCUGGAGCACCAGACAUGUCUGGGGACCAUUCUGGAUUUCUGGACCUAAGUGGGCUGCAGUCCGGGCUGGUAGAGCCAAGCGGAGAGCCACCAGGUACUCCAUAUUUUAGUAGGGAUUUUGCCAGCACCACCGAUGUAAGUGGCGAAUCCUCUGCAGCCAUGGGCACCAGCAGAGAGGCCUCGGGACUUCCAGAAGUUACUUUAAUCACUUCUGAGUUCGUGGAGGGUGUAACUGAACCAACUGUUUCUCAGGAACUUGGCCAAAGGCCCCCUGUGACACACACACCCCAGCUUUUUGAGUCCAGUGGAGAAGUCUCUGCAGCUGGGGACAUUAGUGGAGCUACCCCAGUGCUCCCUGGGUCUGGAGUAGAAGUAUCAUCAGUCCCAGAAUCUAGCAAUGAGACGUCCACCCAUCCUGAAGCUGGGGUCGGGGCAUCUGCUGCCCCUGAGGCCAGCAGAGAAGAUUCUGGGUCCCCUGAUCUGAGUGAAACCACCUCUGCAUUCCACGAAGCUGACCUCGAGAGAUCCUCUGGCCUAGGAGUGAGCGGCAGCACUUUGACAUUUCAAGAAGGCAAGGCGUCAGCUGCCCCAGAAGUGAGUGGAGAAUCCACCACCACCAAUGAUGUGGGGACAAAGGCACCAGGCUUGCCUUCAGCCACUCCCACAGCUUCUGCAGACAGGACUGAAAUCAGCGGAGACCUGUCUGGUCACACCUCAGGGCUGGGCAUUGUCAUCAGCACCAGCAUCCCAGAGUCUGAGUGGACCCAGCAGACCCAGCGCCCUGUAGAGGCGCAUCUAGAAAUUGAGUCCUCAAGCCUCCUGUACUCAGGAGAAGAGACUCACACAGUCCAAACAGCCACCUCCCCAACAGAUGCUUCCAUCCCAACUUCUCCAGAAUGGAAACGUGAAUCAGAAUCAACUGCUGCAGCCCCCGCCAGGUCCUGUGCAGAGGAGCCCUGUGGCGCUGGGACCUGCAAGGAGACAGAGGGACACGUCAUAUGCCUGUGCCCCCCUGGCUACACUGGCGAGCACUGUAACAUAGACAUUGAUGAGUGCCUCUCAAGCCCUUGUCUGAAUGGAGCCACCUGCGUGGAUGCCAUCGACUCUUUCACAUGCUUAUGCCUUCCCAGCUACGGAGGGGACCUGUGUGAGAUUGACCAGGAGGUAUGUGAGGAGGGCUGGAACAAGUACCAGGGCCACUGUUACCGCCACUUCCCGGACCGCGAGACCUGGGUGGAUGCUGAGCGCCGGUGUCGGGAGCAGCAGUCACACCUGAGCAGCAUCGUCACCCCCGAGGAGCAGGAGUUUGUCAACAACAAUGCCCAAGACUACCAGUGGAUCGGCCUAAACGACAGGACCAUCGAAGGGGACUUCCGCUGGUCAGAUGGACACCCCAUGCAAUUUGAGAACUGGCGCCCCAACCAGCCUGACAACUUCUUUGCCGCCGGAGAGGACUGUGUGGUGAUGAUCUGGCACGAGAAGGGCGAGUGGAAUGAUGUUCCCUGCAAUUACCACCUCCCCUUCACGUGUAAAAAGGGCACAGUGGCCUGCGGAGAGCCCCCUGUGGUGGAGCAUGCCAGGACCUUCGGUCAGAAGAAGGACCGGUAUGAGAUCAAUUCCCUGGUGCGGUACCAGUGCACGGAGGGGUUUGUCCAGCGCCACAUGCCCACCAUCCGGUGCCAGCCCAGCGGGCACUGGGAGGAGCCUCGGAUCACCUGCACAGACCCCACCACCUACAAACGCAGACCACAGAAGCGGAGCUCACGGCACCCUCGGAGGAGCCGCCCCAGCACGGCCCACUGAGAAGAGCUUCCAGGACGCACCCAGGACGCUGAGCGCAGGAGCCUGUCAGGCUGACGUGCAUCCCACCCAGAUGGUGUCCUCUUCUUGUCGCUUUUUGUCAUAUAAGGAAUCCCAUUAAAGAAGGAAAAAAAAUAAAUCCCACAUUGUGUAUGCACCCACUCACCCCUCCAAAUCAGCAAAACCGCAUCUAAUUUGUCCGCCGAAUGCCAAAGCAAAGCAAACUUAUUAUAACCCGUGGACUGAGUUUAGAGACAUUUCUUCAAUUUCCCACCGUGCCUUUCCAGGGACCAGUGCAGGGACAGGGGGAGAAGGGGAGGGGUUAAGUUAAAUAAAGAAGAUUAUUUUUGUUUCCUGACUUUAUCCAAGAGCAGUGCAAUCGUUGGUUAUUUCACCUCCAGGGAGAGCUAGGGAGGAGGGAGGAGGGCUCCAAAGGAGCUGGAAGGGGCAGAGGCCUGAGAGCAUGAAGAACUCGGAACCGCAGCUGAAUGUAUUGGAUGAGAAGGAGCCAGGAGGGCUACACCAUCUGUAUAAGGGAAA